AUGACGACCCAAUUCCAGCCCGGCCCAGCGUCCAGCUUGAAGGGCAAAGUCGUCGUCCUGACAGGCGGAGCUCUGGGCGUUGGCCAAUCCCUUGUCCGUCUCCUCCACACGGCGGGAGCUCACGUCUUCUUCGGGGACGUCCUUGACUCAGCUGGUCAGAGCCUAGAGAAAGACCUCGACAACCCCGAUGGUGGCGACGGUCCCAGAGUAAAGUUCGUCCCCUGCGAUGUGACAAAGUACUCCGACAACGUGACGCUCUUCCAGACAGCCUACGAACUUUGCGGCCGAGUGGACCACGCGAUCGCGAACGCCGGCCUAGGGGAGCAGGGGAAUAUGUUCGAUCCCGCUCUGGAUCUGGAGAGUGUGAAGCAGGAUCCAGGGAAGAGUAUGGCUGUCGUCGAUGUCAAUCUGAAAGGACCUCUGUACUUUGCUCGCGUGGCAAGCGUGUACCUGCGGCAACCAGCGCGAGAAGGUGGCAAUGACAGCAAGCAGGAUAAAAGUCUUACGCUCGUAUCCUCUGUAGCUGGGUUUCGAGAAGAUCCGGGCUUGUAUGUGUACACGGCUAGUAAACACGGUGUUCUGGGUCUCAUGAGGUCGUUGAGAAGUUCCCUGGCCGAAACCCAACCCAAUCCAAUCCGCACGAAUGCUAUAUGCCCCUGGAUGACGACCACACGCCUCGUGGCCGGUAUCGAGGACAUCUGGAAAGCCAAUGAUCUCCCUGCUAACAGUCCCGAGGACGUCGCGAGGACAAUUGUAGGCGUAACCUCGGAUGGCAAGGUGUGUGGAGGAACGAUAUAUAUCGAAGGUGGACGGGCGUGGAAUAUUGAGGAAGGGAUUCUGGGCACGAGGAAGGAGUGGCUGGGUGAGAGCAGAGAGCGAGAUCUGGGGAAAGGGACACAGCUGAUGGGUGGAGGAGAUCACUGGACAGCGAACAAGUCUAGCCAAGUAUGA